UUUCUCACAUUCACACUACGUAAAAAAAAACGACGCCGAUUUUAGCGAAUUUGGCGAAUUUAAAACAUUAAAAUAAGAGUAAAAGCUGAAUAAAAAGUUUGUGCGUGUGUAGGAAGAGCAGAAGAGCAAACAUCACAAUCAUUACAAGAACCGACAACGAGAAAAUUAGCUGGUGGGCCCAAGAAUGCAGCAGUCCACUUCCACACAAGCCACAAAUGCGGCUUCUGGUGGGGAUGCGCUGCUUCCGUUGCGCGCCUGCAGCACCGCCGGAUGCAAGGUGGCCACCGUGGUGGACAAGACUAAGCGGAAGUGCUCCCAGUUCGUCUCCUCGCCGUACAUAAUGCCCAAGCCCCUGGUCGUCAACGGCCACACAUCGAUCUUCCAAGUGGGCGGCGAAAUGGCCAAGAUGGGCGACAUUCCGGCUCUUUCGCAGGCCACCGGAGGCGAUGGCGGCCAGCCCAUAUACCGCAUAAAGCCGGGCACUCACGCGCACGUCAUCAACUAUGUGCUAAUCGACGAGGGAUCCGAUUCGCUAGAGAAGGCCAGAUCCGGGGACCAGGAGGCCAUGCGUCUGCUGCUGGAAUCGCAGCGGGAAAGUGCGGUGACCAAGCUGCAGAAGCUGAUAGUCAACCACCGGGGCAUCCCGGCCCCGACCGUCGCAGCCCAUUCCUCGUCAGCAUCAGCACGUCCUGCGGCCACCAUCUCAACUCCUGGAGCCACUUCCGUGGGCAGUGGCAAUGUAACCACUCCCCAGAUUCAUCCCGACUUCUCCAUCGCCAGUGUGGAGGGAGCCGUGCCAUUUGUCCGCGCAGUCCCCGCUCCCGUGGUGAAUCCUCCAGCUCUAGUUCCUCUAGGCGCUCCACCAACUGCCAGUGUAGUUCCAGUAGACUCCGUGGAUCGGCUGCAAGCCGAGCUCAUCGAGCUGCGACGCACGGUGGCUCGGCUGGAGGAGAAUAGUCGCCGCUAGUUAACCGACUUUGUUGUUCCCGCAAAGACACUUUAGUUCAACCAAAUACGCUUAAGGUAACUAAAGGCGCCAUAGAUGUAAUUAAUCUAAGAAUAUUAGACAUUAUUAAUUCAAAUAAAUUAUGUAUUUCGUAAA